CGUCACGCCGCGCGCCGGAAAGCGAGUCGCGCGGAGUGGCCGUCGCGAGCCUUGCCGAGAGGUGUGAGCGGGUCGCGCGGGGUUUGUGUCCGGAGCGCGAGGAAAAUCUCACACUCUUGAGAGAGAAAGUGGCGGUUUGAUAGAGAAACAGCGCGAGUGUGCGGAGCUGGAACAUGGAGUCCGCGGGUCAAGACAUCAACCUGAACUCACCCAGCAAGGGUCUCAUCAUGGGAACCUCUCUGUCGGACUCCCCUGCUGGAGCUGCCGGGGUCGCGACCCCCUGCGCGCUGUCCGGCCUCAGCCAAGAGGAGCACGAGGAGCUGACGCUGGAGCUCUCCAAGGUGGAGGAGGAGAUACACACCUUGCGGCAAGUGCUCGCUGCUAAAGAGAAGCACGCCGGUGACCUGAAGAGGAGGUUGGGUCUGACCCCACUGGAGGAGCUCAAGCAGAACCUGACCCGGAGCUGGCACGAUGUCCAGGCGUCCAGUGCCUAUGUGAAAACCACGGAGAAACUGGGGGAGUGGAACGACAGACUUACCACAUCUGAUUUGUACAAGAAAACUCAGGAGACCCUCACCCAGGCAAGCCAGAGGACGUCUGCUGCCCUGUCCACGGUUGGCACAGUCAUCAGCAGGAAGUUUGGAGACAUGAGUGGUAACUACUCCAUCCGCCACUCUAUAAGUAUGCCGGCAAUCAGGAACUCCCCGACAUUCAGGUCCUUUGAAGACAAGGUGGGGAGCAUGAAGUACAAAGUGGUUGGCGGAGUCAGCGAUGAAGGACUUCGUUCUCCAUCGGAACAGAGUCACCCUUAGAUUUUGCCCACCACAGCAGAGGAACCCCAAGCGAAGAACCACACACACACACAAACACACACCCUAUGCUGCCUAACUCUCCCCCUGUAAGCUGCCUGCCACCCUGGAGGCACAAGUCUUCCCCACCCCUCACUGUAUAUACUGUUGAAAAGAGAGUUUGCAUUGUCAGUACUGGCCAACAGAAUGUAAAAAUGCUGCACCUUUUGUAUUAUGACCUAUUUUACAUUGCUUUGCAUAAUGUUUCCAUAUGUGUAUAAAUAUGUAUUUGAACAAUAGUGCCAACCGACAUUUGGAGGCGGGCAGCAGGUGGAAAAGCAAAAUGCAAAAGGAAGAUGUUCUAGACAUUGUAAGUAAGCAACAAUAAACAAUAGGUUUAAGAAGUGCAGUUGAA